AUGUUGCGUAUUGAAAUUAGCCAAUUCUAUUUUUCAUUAUGUCGAUAUUCGUCCACAAUCACUGAUAAUCGUAUAGUUUUUGAUAAUACAUCACAUUUUAUUCAUCACUAUCCUGAAUUUAUCUGUCCACAAAAUUUUCGAAAUUUGGCUGAUUGGGUUUAUAGUUGGCCUAAAAAUACAUUCAAUGAACAUAUUGAAAGUAACGCUAAUGAUAGUUAUGUGAUUGCACCUAAUCUUCCACAUGGUAGUAUAAUCUAUAUUCAACCCAACGGUAUUUCCACCUUUUUUCAGAGAAUUUAUCCGUAUUUACAGAAUAAAUUUGUAUUGAUUACCGGUCAAAGUGAUUAUUCAGUACCAGGUCAAAAUCUUUAUUAUCUUGAAAGAUUCGAUUCAAAAAUUAUUCACUGGUUCGGUCAAAAUGGAGAUAUCCAUUCAUGGAGAAGUGAACGUUUUACUCAUAUACCUAUUGGUAUCAAUUGUUUUGAAAUGGCAGAAAGUAUUCGAGGUAUUCAUCAACAAUAUCGUAAUUAUACUCUUCCAUCAGUAUUCAAUAAAAGUAUGGAUGAACCACUUUAUUAUGUACAACCAUUCGAUAUUACACAAAGUGUAUUGAAUAGUCAUAAUCAAUCGGAUAAAUUACUUCUUCUCAAUUUUCAUCCUGAUACAGAUCCAGAUGGCUUACGUCGAAAAUUAUGGAAAAAUAUUUGUGGAAAUAAAAAUAAAUAUUCAUUUGCUACGUGUUUUGAUAAGUCUUCAGGGGUAGAUCGUUCAAUUUUACAAACUAUUUAUAAAAGAAAUCGUCAGUAUCCAUUAUGGUUAUCACCUCGUGGUAAUGGAAUUGAUUGUCAUCGAACAUGGGAAGCUCUCUAUCUUGAUGCUAUUCCAAUUGUUUGGCAUUCAACAAUUGAUUCCUUAUAUACAGAUUUACCUGUUAUAAUUAUUCAUGAUUGGAAUGAAAUUAAUGAACAAUUUCUUCGAAAUAAAUUAUAUGAAAUAGCUUUAAAAAAACUUCAACAACCACCUGUAUAUCAUUAUGAAAAAUUAAGACAUGCUUUUUGGCGUGAUAUGAUCUUAAAAAAAUCGAGACAUUCUUCUACAAAUACUCAUAUACACAAAAAUCGAUGUUGGCAAGCUAAAACUAUUCAAUAG